AUGGCUGACUUUGUCGACAAGCAGUUCAGCAAGGACGAGGUAGCCGAUAAGGUCCUCGAGCAGUACGACGAUGAGACCACCCGCGUGUUUUAUCAGUGCGUCAUGGGCGGCGGCGGCCACGACAUUCACUUCGGCAUCUACAAGUCCCCCACCGACGGCGUCAAGGAGAGCUCCGACUACACCACGGAGUGGAUGAUGACCCAGAUGGAGUGGGCCAAGCCCAUCGACGCCAACUGCCACGUCCUCGAUCUCGGAUCCGGACACGGCGGCGGCUCGCACGCCAUGGCCAAGCGCUGGGGUUGCAAGGUGACCGGCUACAACUUGGGCCCCGGACAGAACGCGCUCAACAUGGCGCGCUGCGUCGAGCUCGGCAUCGACCACCUCGUGGAAGCCCGCGUGGGUAACAUCAACGACCCCCUCCCCGGCGAGUGGACCGGUAAGUUCGACGCGGUGUGGUCCUGCGAGGUGCUCUGCCACGCGGGCGACAAGGUGGCGCUGUUCAAGGAGCUCUCGCGGUGCCUCAAACCCGGCGGCGUGUUCGUCUUCUCCGACAUCAUGGGCGCGGACGGCGCGGACGAGAAGGCGCUCAAAGCCUUUACCGAUCGCAACGCCACCACGUUCAUGGGCAGACCCAGCAUGUACGUCGAUUUCAUCAAGGAAUCGGGCUUCAAGUACGUGACGUGGUGGGACGGAAGCCACCAUCUCGAGCGAUACUUUCGCGGCAUGCUCCACCAGAUUUCCACGAACCGGAAGGAGAUGAACGCCAAAGGAGUCAGCGACGAGUACCUCAACAACUGGGUGAGCUCGCUGACAGACCGCGCGGACGUGCAGAAGGCGAAAGGGGUGUUCGCGUGGGGCGUGUUCGUGGCGCGCAAGCCAGAGGUGGGCGAGUUCGUCUAA